GGGAGAGUUUGGCAUCCUGGAGGAUGCUCAGCGCCUCUGUGAGCAUCUUUCCCUGGAAGGAGGCGAGCCGGAGAGCUUGGGAGCGGCUGGAGGGGGCGACGGGCUUAGAAAGGGUUGCCAAGCUUCUGCCACACCUUCUCCAUCCGCUGGAACUGCCACCCGAUCCGUAGAAGGGCAGGAAAAAUAAAGGGCACCUCAUCAUGACCCUGGCAGCUUACAAAGAGAAGGUGAAGGAACUUCCUCUGGUGUCCCUCUUCUGCUCCUGCUUCCUCUCAGAUCCUUUAAAUAAACCGUCUUAUAAAUAUGAAGUAGACACCGUGGACCUCACCUGGUGCGUCAUUUCCGACAUGGAAGUCAUUGAGCUCAAUAAGCGCACCUCGGGCCAGUCGUUCGAGGUGAUCCUCAAGCCGCCUUCCUUCGAUGGGGUCCCAGAGUUCAACGCCUCCCUGCCCCGACGGCGCGACCCUUCCCUGGAGGAGAUCCAGAAGAAGCUGGAAGCUGCCGAGGAGCGGCGCAAGUAUCAGGAAGCAGAACUCCUUAAGCACCUGGCAGGCAAGCGAGAGCACGAGAGGGAAGUCAUCCAGAAAGCCAUCGAAGAGAACAACAACUUCAUCAAGAUGGCCAAGGAGAAACUGAUGCAGAAGAUGGAAUCUAACAAGGAGAACCGAGAGGCACAUUUAGCCGCCAUGUUGGAACGCCUGCAGGAAAAGGACAAACAUGCCGAGGAGGUCCGGAAGAACAAGGAGCUGAAAGAAGAGGCCUCGAGGUAAAGCAGGGGGUCCCCUCCCCAGCACCUAAUCAUUUGGACUGAGAGCUCCCAGGAAAAUAUGGUAUGGCGGAUGACAGUCAUGAAGACCGUCCGCCGCCUUCUCGGUGCGAAAAAGUGUUAACGGGCGAAUUUGGACGGACCUCUGCUUUCGUUGUUUGUGAAUGUUAAAAGAAUUGACCGCUGAAGCCCUGGCGUGCGUUUCAGGGAGGGAGGGGGACCCUGGUGGAGGAAGAGUGUGGAUUUGGGAAGGGGGGGAGGGAAGGAUGGAUUUGACCGGCUGCCGACACCCAGCGCCCAAGUUCUGUCCCCUUUCCAUGCUGUUGGCAUCCAGUAUGGAAGCCGGGCGAGAGGAAUGGUGUGUUACACGGGAGGGAAGGUGUCGCAGGGUCCGGGGGGAGGGCAGGGGUGGGGGUACAGAGAGAAGAAGCAGGCAAAUGAAAUUUGGUGACGGGCCAGGAAGUGAGCAGAGGGAGCCAGGUCACCUUCUUCGGGGUGAAUGUUGUCUCGUGCAUUUGUCCGUGAAUGUCGUCGAUCACCCACCUGGAAAGAAACCGCCCACCUCACGCCUGCGUUUCUUUCCAUAAAACCGCAUCUCAUCUUUUCCAUCCAUCCCCUGGUAGCCCUGGGGGUGGCUUGACCCGAAUGUGGCAGCUGUGUCCACUGUGAUUUCGGAGACCCGCAGCCCCGUUUUUUACUACUCAUCUGUAAAUAAAAAAAACUCUUGCCAGAGCUACGCCGUGGUCGUCCGCAUGUCCUCCGUGGGCUUGCUUGAACGCGGAGCCCACAGUAAACAAGAAAACGGAUUCAGGCCUUUUCAUGGGAAUUUGGGAGUGGUGCCCUUUUAGACACAGCUCUCUCAUCCGGAGAGUUUCCAAACUUUUCCAUUUCUUCAGCCUUUGCCCGCAAGGCAGGUCAAGCGAGAGAAAGCUGAGAAAGACCAUGCUCUUUAAAACCUUGCUGUGGUCGUGAGGAAGCAUCUCCGGGAGGCGAUGAGCCAAAAGCCCAGAAUCACCAGGUCGGGCGGUUGUGUUUUAAACCCACUGCAUGCCCUCGUCCUUCUUCAGACAACCUCUGUCUCGUUCUGAGGCUUUGGAAAACGUCUGUUUUAGGUGACAGUUUCCAGAGUUCCCUGUCCAGCUGGGGAAUAUUUUUUUAACCCCCCCAAAAGUAACUUUUUCUUUGUUUCCAUCCCUACCCACCCACCUAACAUCUCCUUGAGCUUCUAGGUGUCCACUAGCCAGCAUGCAGAGGAGGUUGGGCUAUGGAACCAAUGUUUGGAAAAUAGACCGCCAUGCAUUUUGCAAGAGUCGGAGUCUCGGAAGCAGUGCUAGGGACUAUGAGCCACCUCUCCGGCUUCCCAAAGAGCUUGCCACCCCAUGGGUCUUUCCCCCCCAGUUGCGCCAGCCCUGACCUCACAGAUUGGUGGCCCUCAGACGGUUGGCCAGUGGCACCCAUGACUAGCUUUCCAUGCUGGGAGGUGUAGCAUACUCUGACAGCAGUAAUGUUCAUGGAGGAGCACCUCUUAGGGUCAUGAGAUAGAGCGGCUUUGGCAACCUCUUGACCUCUCUCUGUGAGUGAAAGAAAGAAGGCUUCCAAGAAAUAUUUCAGAAUACCAAUAAUGGUUCCAAAAUAUGAAACAGGCCAGAUAUAUGUUAGGUGGUCUGUGAGCUUCUGGGUGGCACCCUUCACUGGGCAACACCGGGGUCAUGGGGAGGCACUGUCUUUUCAUACAGGCUCUGCGCAUGUCUUGCACCAUGCCACAUCUCACAGCUGGGAAAAGUUACUUUGCAUGACGUCCACUUCAAAAAAAAAAUAGCCUCCAACUUUUCCAACUUCCAAUUUAAAAAACAAAACAAAACACCCUAACAAUUGUGAAAAUGUCAGGAUUCCGGGAGUGUUCAUCCUGCAACCGGUAACCUUUCCAAGAAAGCAUGUUCGUCUCACAUUACUUGUUUCAGAUUGUUGUGGAUUGUGUAUGUAGAGGUUUUAAAGGAAGAGGCCUCUGCUUGGUUCGCUCUUAUCAGGAAAAUGGAAGGAAGGGAAGCCCCAAAGAAGUCGCAUUUGAACAGAGCGAAGGGAGGGUUCAGUGGGACACGGGGGGAAACGAUUUGCUGCACCUCUUUUGGGGAGUGGGGGUUCAGCCCUCUGGAUUUUUCCUUUUGCUUAUUAAAACCCGGAGCAGAU